AUGACGCGCUUUCGUCCCUGCAUUGACCUGCAUGCCGGCCAGGUGAAGCAGAUUGUCGGCGGCACCCUGGACAGCUCAUCCGAGGCCCUUCAGACAAACCACGUAUCGCAGCAUCCGGCGGAGUAUUUUGCGCAGCUGUACAGGGACAAUGAGCUUGAGGGCGCUCAUGUGAUUAUGCUGGGCGGGGGAAACGAUGGCGCUGCGAAACAGGCUCUGCAGGCAUGGCCUGGAAGACUCCAAGUGGGAGGCGGCAUCAAGGAUACGAAUGCAAAGGAGUGGAUUGAUGCGGGAGCAGAAAAGGUCAUCAUCACGUCCUAUCUCUUCCCGGAUGGCCAUUUCAGCCAGCAGAGACUGGAUGCUGUUCUCGGGGCUCUAGGAGGAGACAAGGCGAAGCUGGUCAUUGAUCUCAGCUGUCGCCGUCAGGGGGAGAAAUGGUUUGUUGCCAUGAACAAGUGGCAGACGCUGACAGACAUGGAAAUCAAUCAAGAGUCAAUAAAGUUGCUGGAGCCCUACUGCUCAGAGUUUCUCAUCCACGCUGCGGACAAUGAAGGGCUGCAAAGGGGGAUUGACGAGAAGCUUGUUGAGCGUCUGGCAGAGUGGUGCUCUAUUCCGGUCACAUAUGCCGGCGGAGGUCGGCAAUUGGAGGAUUUAGAAACGGUCAAGAGGCUGAGCCGGGGUAAAGUCGAUCUCACGAUAGGGAGUGCUUUGGAUUGUUUCGGCGGGACGGGCGUCAAGUUUGAUGAUUGCGUGCAGUGGAAUAGGAGCCAGGGGGUCUGA